UUAAUUCACAAGCAUUAUAAGCAAUGAUGGAUGGUGGCUAGCUGUGGAAUCCAGUUUGACACACGUUUCGUCCUAUUUGGAUAUGUUAAACAGGAUUUUUAUUAAAUUCACCAUUCAAUCCAUCAUGGAAUGAAAAUGAUCAUGACAAAGUGAUGUAUACCACGAUUAUAUUUGUAUGGCAUAUGUUAUUUGUUAUGAUUGCACAAUUAACACUACUAAUUAUAGUAGCUAAAUGUUAUGGUGUAUCACCGAAUUGGACUGAAUCGAUUGAUUCGUCGCUGAAAAGGAAGACAUCUCAUAAAAAUGAUAGACAGUCGUUGAAUCCAUCGAAUUCAUUGAAUACAUAUGAUAAUAUUGAAUAUACAAAAUUAUUGAAUACAGAUUAUAUUGAAUAGUUAUUUAUGAAGAUUGGUGUACAAAAUUGGUUGUAUCAAAUUCAUCAGACCAGGAGAACGAUCGCACACUAAACUAGACGAACUUAGUAAAUUGAUGAGCAUACGAAUGAGAAUAGAUUUUUCAGUGUUUUUAUACUAUCGUAUAAUGGAACAUUGUAUGAAUACACUAUUCUAUACGAAUCAAUCAAGCAACUUCAAUGUCGUAAAGAUGGUUCAAGUUGUAAUUUCUUAUCUAGAUGAUUAUCCUUCAUGUGCCUACAUGUGAUAAAUCGUUACUUUCUACAUGGUAUUCUCAAAUUUUAAAAUUCUAUGUAUACUUCGAUAGCAUAGUAGAUAGCUCGUUGACUGUUGUGUGCACAGUAAUCCAUCGUUUAACCAUUCAUUGACAUUAUUCAUCAUGAAAUGAAUGAUUUGUAUUGAUAGGUGUUGUAAGUGAUGUUGUAUGAAAUCUGAUACUGAUACAUGACGGGUUGGGAUUCAAAUCAGCGAACCAACUUGUUGAGUGAGAAUACAAGAGUGGAGGAGAGAGCAUAUUUAACUACUGAUUAAAAUACACAAUUAUUCAUUUGCAUAUGUGGGACUCUACAUCUUAGGGAGGCAAUCCAUUUCUUAGUCCAUAAAAUGCACUUAUAAUUCAGGUCACUUCGGAUUGCUAUCGACCGACCUUCAUAUUUGCAAUUUCUGAUCAGUUUAAAAUAUCCACAAGUUGUUUGGAAUUUUCCCUUGCUGAGUGUAUUCAACAUAUUCACCAAGUUAUUUUACGUAGCUACCAAUUUAUGAAUAAAAUCUAUAAUCUUCACUUUGAAGACGAAUGUUUCAUUUAAACUCUGCAUUUCACUACAAACACUAGUCAGUUGAAUAACCAAAAAAAUGGGAGUAAGAAGACAGCCAGUCUUUGUCUUUGAAUUACGUCAGCUUACAAUAUAAUGUGAUCACCAUCCAUUGUCAUCAGUAAUGUCCAUGUUACUCCUAAUAUGAUUGGAAUUUCAGUGUGGAAGGUCUAUGUUGUGUGUUGAAUAUUAGUGAGAUUAAGAAUCUACAUAAAGUAUAUUAACAUUGAAAACAAUGAAGCACUGGACGAUUGUCGUUUUCCAGUAUGGAACUACUCAGUAGUGCAAAUGUGCGCAUCCACCAUAAAUGAAAUCUAUAAAAUUCAGGUUUUUCAGUGAUAGCUGAGGGUCCUGCAUUCGAACAUCGAUGUUUGGAAUGUGUAAAUUAUAGUUUCUAAAUGGAAGACUUCAAACUGGGAAUGGUUGAAUUUUCUUGCCGGUCAACACGCUUCGUUCUACUGACAGGCGAAACCAGACUAAUAGUGAAUAAGUCUCAAUUGUGGAAUCGUGGAAUGUGGAGUUUUGAGCGAGGUUAUCAUUCCAGACACACAAAGCAUUUCAAUAUUCUAUAUGAAAUAAUAGGAGAUAUAAUCCCUACAUCAUAUAAGGAAGUGAAUGUGUAAUGAAGCUCUAAUGUGCUGAC